AUGUGGAGCGCAAAGACGUGACACAAGUAUUAGAAGUCCAUAUAUUCAUCACUCAAUUCUUCCAUAAGUUCGACUUAAGAACAACAAUGUUGUACAUCUGUGAGAACCACUUCCAGCGCAUAUCCAACAGAAGUAUGUUUACGGGACUCAAAGCCAUCAAUCAUUUCGGUCGACCCGAUAUGAAUGCUUUCCUGAAGUUCGUCCAAAAACAACAUUCAUAUGUUAGUAAAGUUGGAGUAUUUAGUUGUGGUCCAUCGGCUCUCACCAAAACUAUAAGCCAGGCCUGCGAGACCACCAAUAAUAGGAGAAAAUUGCCUUAUUUUUUACAUCAAUACGAAAACUUUGGUUAACCUAUAUAUCGCCUUUAAUUCAAACUCAUUAUUUUUAUUUUAAUUAUUAGUUUAAUUUUAGUGCCAAUCAUCUCC